AUGCGUCGCUUCCGUCUAGCAGCCACGGCAUGCCUUUCUCUCCUGGUCACGGUGGCCAGCAUCGACAUCCGCCAAAAUGACUACACCUCGCCGCCAACCGAUGCCUCUAACAAGACAGCCUUCAUCGAAAACAUCGUCUCUCAGAUGACAGUCCCAGAAAUGGCCCUGCAGCUCUACUUAUUCUUCGCCGACGACGCCAUAGGCCCCCACACCACGAAUGAGCUUUACGAUCAUGCUCUCCAACUCGCACCAGAUGCUGGCAUCGGCGUCAUCCACGACUGGUACACUCAAAACAAGACCUACGUCAACGAGCUGCAACGCCUCAAUCUGGAGAAGUCAAGGCUGAAGAUCCCGUUCAUGCACAUCGGCGAGUGCUUGCACGGCGUGGGUUCCUUCAACCAGAGCAUGUUUCCGCAGUCCCUUGCCAUGGCUGCAUCGUGGGAUGCAGAUGUGGUGAAUCGCGUUGGUGGAGCUAUUGGGGCGGAGGCGAGGGCAAUUGGUGUUCAUGCGUGCCUUUCGCCGGUUCUCGAUGUUUGUAGAGACUCGAGGUGGGGCAGAUGUCAAGAGGACUGGGGUGAGGACCACAUUCUCACCAGUCAUCUAGGCGUAGCUUACGCUUCUGGCAUGUCCAAAAACAGCUCUUGGGAGCAGCAGGAUGCUGUCGUACCGGUCAUGAAGCACUUCGCGGCACAUGGAGCACCUCAGUCUGGUCUCAACGCCGCGCCUUGGAUGGGACAUGGCAAUCGAGAGGUCCUCGAGAAUCUUCUAGUCCCAUUCAAGGCCGCAUUCGAUCUUGGUGGUGUUCGAGGAGUCAUGAUGGCUUACAGCGAAGUGGACGAUGUGCCUUCGCAUGUCAGUCCGCUGCUUUACGAUGCGCUAGAUAGCUGGGGGUAUGAUGGCUUUGUCAUUGCUGAUGAUACUGGCAUGUCUGAGCUGGAGAAAGUCCAUGUCGUGUCGUCAAGUCCAGCCGAUACCAUCGGACAGUGGUUCAACGCGGGUGGGAUGAUCUCGUACUACGACUACCCUCUAAGCACGUAUCUGAAUUCCACUCUUGGCCUUGUGCAGAAUCGCACUGUAACGCUUGAAACUUUGAAGGGCAAAAUGCGGCGGAUUCUUUGUGUUAAAUACGACCUAGGCCUCUUCUCGAAUCCCUACAUCCCAGAUGACCUUGACGCCGGAGCAUUGACAGCUGAGCAUGUGCCGUUGACCUUGGAGGCCGCCCGCAAGAGCAUUGUACUUCUUGAGAACCAGAACUCUACCCUUCCACUCAAGACGAAAGCUUCAGAGUGCAACAAGAUAGCCCUGAUUGGACCAUUCUCGGACAUGCUCAACUACGCAGACUACUCUGGACAGUUCGGCCAGUAUCCUGUCGCAUACUCCUCAACGCUUCGACAAGGACUGCUGAACACAUUGCAGGCCGCCAACUCAUCUAUCGAAUUAGUUACGGCAUGGGGCGCAAACACGUGGCUGUACAAUGCUCAAUACCCAAUCCCUGGAUACCACCUCAGCACCACCAAUGGCACAAAGGGAGGUUUACAGGCUACUUACUACGCAGAUACAAACUUCAGCCUCCCAACAGUAACGGCAGUCGAGGUACCUGUCGGUGACUGGGGACUGUAUCCACCGCCUGGCUUACCCUCCAACAACUUCAGCGCCAUCUGGGAAGGUGUCCUUACAGUACCGGUGGAUGUAGCUACUGAAGGCUGGCUUGGCGUUGGAAUCUCUUGGAAUGCAACUGCAAACCUCUACGUCGACGACCAACUCCAUGUCAACGCUCCGCUGACUACCGCUGGUAACUUCCUCUCCAACAUUCCGUCCCGCGCUUUCAGCCUGCAGAACAGUACGCUACCGCCACCUGGUUCGGCACCUUUCACCUUCCAGCCGGGAGCGACACACAAGAUCCGCCUCGAAUUCCAAAGCUGGAACUUGUACCAGAAGAUUGCUAAUAUGAACUCCCUCAACGCUGAGGUAAUGCUCUUCUGGAACUUAGUAUCGCCCGCAAACACCACUACAAACGACUCAGCACUUUCCCAAGCCAUCGAGGUCGCAAAGGACGCCGACACGAUCAUCCUCGCCCUUGGUGCCAACUGGAACAGCGAUGGUGAGAAUGGCGACCGCGCUACUAUGGGUCUGUCUUUGAACCAAACUGCCCUCGCCGAAGCAAUCUAUGCCCUCAACAAAACGACCAUCUUAGUCCUGCAAGGCGGUCGUCCUUUUGCGAUCCCAGAGUACUACAAUGCGAGCUCUGCUGUGCUGUCAACUUGGUUCGGUGGCCAGAGUGCCGGCCAAGCCAUCUCAGAUGUCCUGUUCGGAGACUUCAACCCCGGCGGCAGGAUGCCAUUAUCAGUGCCGAGAGAAGUAGGCCAAAUGCCAAUGUUCUACAACUACAAGGGCAGUACGCAUCUCGCCGCAUACGUUGACAAAGAUGUCAGCCCUGCUUAUUCCUUCGGACACGGACUGAGCUACACGACUUUCGACACCCAGGACUUCAUGGCAUUAAGCUUGCCAGACAACUCUACCACUACGUUCGGCGCAGAUUCGACGAUUGCGUUCACCGUGAGCGUAACGAACAAUGGUAUUAUGGCAGGAUCGUACGUCCCGCAAGUCUACCUCCUGCAGCGGGUCAGUCAGAUCUCGCAGCCUGUUAAACAGCUUGUUGCGUUCACGAGGGUGUAUCUCGAACCUGGUGAGACGAAGGUGGUUACUAUGGAUCUAGAAGUCGACAGGUAUCUGAAGAUCUUGAACAGGAAAUAUGAGUGGGAAGUGGAGAAGGGAGAGUAUACAUUCGCCUUGCUAGAGAACGGCGGGAUGUUCGCAAAUACUGGUGUCAAUGUGACGAUGAGGUGCUCAGGGAAUGUAGCGUCCGAAGGCCAGUACCCUGCUAUCUGGAGAGUAUAA